UGCCAAGGCGGGUGUUGCACAUCUCGGUACCGAGCUUAGCAUGAUGGUGUGCUUCUUUCUGCUGCAGAAAACUUGCCGCCACACUGAUCGGCUUCUUUUGCAAAGAGAUGACGAGCCUCGAUAGUCUGCUCAAAUGGGUCAGACACAUCCUCGGCAUCCUCAUCCAGGCUGCCGACACACCAGCAGACAAGCCAAACGCCAGCAAGGCGGUAGAGUCUGCCAUUCUGGCGCUUGGUCGUGCAGCGCGCGUUGCCCGAGACGAGGUGCUGCACCGCAUCUUGUUGAGCUUGGUCCAGCACCUCAAUGCUCCGGAACCCCUUCGAUCGCUCGUUUACCUGCAAAUCACCGAGCUGGCACUUCACAACAACGUGACUACGUACCAGCUACUAAGUCCAGCUAUGGGCGCCAUCAGUGCUCACGUUGUGCAGCGCAUGUUUACAGCACCAACGCUGCUCGAAGAGCUUCUCGCUCUGCUCAAUCAGCAACUGGGCAAGUUUAUACAUGCAACGCUUCCCCACACGCUACCUCUUGCCAUCCAAAAGGGCAACGAUCGCCUCUUGGCCGGCCUCGCAGCUGCGAUCAAGCAAUCCGAACGCGAAAUGUGUUUCGAGCAUGCUGGCGCAGCUCUCAAGCACUUUUUGCUCCUACCCGCUCCUGCUCGCGACGAAGCCAUUCAGCGUUUCGUCAUCAUCAUCCGCGGCGCGACAGACAAGGCGACGCUCGAGAACAGCACGCGCCUGCUAUUGAAGAGCUUCAAACCUCAAUUGCUGGGCCACUUGGUCAUUCACCUUGGAGACGAAGCCUGCAGGCAAGCGGCAAUCGAGGGACUCUCGUAUCUAGAACGCUCACGAAGCAAGAGCGAGAGCACCUCCGCAAGCGCACGCGAUGCUUCAGCUGCGCUUUCGACUUUUUUGCGCGACGACAUUUUGGAAAUUUUGGCGUGGCUAAACGACGAGCUUGCAGGCGCGCACGGAAAGACGACGCUGGCUCAAAAGAUCAGGACUGCGCGCAGCAUAGGUGCGCUGGUAGAUGCUGUGGGCCAGUCCAUCGCGUCCGUCACUCCUCAGAUCAUGGCGACGCUCAAUUCGUCGAUGCAGCUGGACGAACUGGUGCUGCCCACGCUGCUCUCGUGGCAAGCCUUCAUCACCAAGAUGCGCUUCGAAGACGUUGCGCCCUUUGUCGGACAGACCGGCGCGUCUCUAGUCGCAGCAUGGCCGCGAUUCGGCGCUGCGGAAAAGGAAGUAGCUGGGAGCUUGUUGAGAUACAUUGUCAUCGACAGUGGCGCCGAAUUUGCGUCGUACCUCGAGAGCGACUUUCCCAACCUUGAUACGCUGGAAGAAGAGCUGCCUGACCUCAGCAGUGCUGUGCGUCAACGCCAGCGCAGCGCACCCGGCCUGCGCAUCGGCAGGGUGCUGGAGCGAGCUGCAAGCGAAAACGCUAGCGUCUCCUCUCAGGGUCUCCAAGAGCUGAAGCGCUUCUUGACCCGCGAGACGGACUAUGUCCGCACCAUCACCAGCGGCAACAUGUUUGACCCCGUCGUCGGCAGAUUGGUCGACGUGCUUUUCAGCGCGGCUUCGAAAGCUACGGAAGGUCAAGCUGACGUGCAAGAUGUAUGCUUUGAGAGUUUGGGCAUUCUAGGAGCAGUGGAUCCCGAUCGUUUCGAACUGCCAAGUCACGAGGACACCUACAUUGUCUUGCGCAAUUUCGAAGAUCGAGACGAGAGCAUCGAUUUUUGCGUCCACCUCAUUCAGCGUACCCUCGUUGGGGCCUUUCGCGCCUCGGAGGAUACUCGACAUCAGGCGGCUCUCGCGUAUGCUAUACAGGAGCUCCUCAAAUUCUGCGGAUUCACACCUGCGCUGCUGGCCACAUCGAGCUCCAAGCCCGUGGCCUUGCGUGUUCGUCAGCGCUGGAACGAAAUGUCUAGCGAGACUUUGGAGGCGGUCGGUCCUCUGCUCAGCUCCAAGUACACGGCGCAGAUGGGCGAGCCCACUCGACGGGAGCGUCCCGUCUACCUCAAUUCGUCGAGCUUCCGCGAUUGGAUCCAGACGCUGGCCAAUGAGCUCAUCUUGGAUGCCCAGGGCAUCGAAGCCAGCAGCAUCUUCACGAUUUUGCGCUCCGUCAUCAAGGACCACGACUUGUCCAUCGCGCGUCACAUUUUGCCGCACUUGGUGCUGCACACGCUCAUCUCCGGAACGGAGGAGCAGCGACAGUACAUUCAUGCAGAGAUCUGCUCCAUCCUCGAGGACCAAGUGACGCCGAGGACGGAAAUGGAUAGCGAACGGCGUCUGUUAUCGGCCCAGGUCAUCUUCGGACUGCUCGACCACAUCAGCUUGUGGACGCGACGCAGAAACGAGACGAGAAAGUACGCCAAACCGCGCGAAGCCGUGCCAGACAAUGCGGUCAAUCACGUUUCCACAGUGAUUGGCUGCAUUUCGGUCGAGCUCAUGGCACGAGCGGCUCUGCAGUGCAAAGCGUAUGCGCGCUCUCUACUGAACUUUGAGCGCCGCGUGCGGGAUCUGAAAGCCAGCGGCACCAAGGAGCUCGACCUGCAAAAUUACUACGAGGACAUGCACUUCAUCUACUCGAAUCUCGAGGAGCCAGAUGGCAUGGAAGGCAUCUCUACGAGCGUCCUGGCCCCAUCGCUGGAGCAUCAAAUCAGAGAACACGAGAGCUUGGGUCGUUGGACGUCUGCUCAAAGCUGUUGGGAGGUGAAGCUGCAAGCUCAUCCGAGCGAGCCGGAUCUGCACGUUGGGCUGCUUCGCUGCUUGCGCAACCUCGGACACUACGACACCAUGCGGACACACAUUCGCGGAGUACUCAGCGCCCAUCCCGAGUGGCGUUCCAUGCUGGCAUCGUACGAAGUGGAGGGCGCUUGCAUAUUGGCUGACUGGGAUGCGGUCCGCUCCGCGCUGGCUCUCGAAACGCACCAAAGCGAUGCGCAUGCCAUGGCUCGCAUCGCGCUCGCCAUGCAUGACCAGGAUCCAGAAGCCAUGCACCAGGCUAUGCGCGAAGCGCGGCGUCUUGUCGGACGUCCGAUCAUCGCAGCAGGUGUAGGAUCGUACGCUCGUGCAUAUGACUCGGUAUCGCAACUGCACAUGAUUCACGAGCUGUUCCUCAUCCAACAGCAGGACGAGAAGAACGUGCUAUCUACAGCUACAGCAACCCAACGCGGCCAACGCGAGCAAAAUCAGCACGCCUUUUCGGCUCACAUGCUGCAGCGCCUCAACGCCACCUUGCCAUCUUUCCGCACUCGCGAACCUCUGCUGAGCUUGCGACGAUCGGCUUUUGCGACCCGUGCGAUCGUCGACCCUGUGUCCAGCGCGCUGAUUGGGCAAGCUUGGAUUCAGACGGCCAAAAACGCGCGACACGCAGGACACGACCAGACGGCUUACAGCGCCGUCUUGCAAGCUACGCAGCGCAACGUGCCGCUCGCAUUUGUUCAGCGCGCCAAGCUGCUAGCGCUGGAUGACAAGAAGCAGACGGCCGUGCAGGAGCUUACGAGCGCUCUGGCAGCGGUUUCCGACUUGAGUGCAAACGCGACUCGCACGCGCUCGCGCUCGCAGCAAGAAGACAGUGUGCUGGGCGACCCUACCGAUCCGAGCGGUCCCGACAGAAAGUCGCUCGCUCGAGCACAUCUUUUGCGCGCAAGACUGAUCGAAGAGACUGGCAGAUACUCGCCGAAUGAGGUCAUCGAAUCGUACAAGCGAAUUGCCGAGGUGGAGAGCGCAUACGAAAAAAUGUGGUACUGCCUUGGACGCUACUACGACACCAACCGGGACAAUCUGGUCAACGAUCUCUGGUGCGAUUAUUACGUCUGUCGGUACUACAUGAAGUCGGCGCAGAGUGGCACCAAGUACUUUUACCGUACAGUGCCUCGCAUGAUGACCAUCUGGCUCGAUGUCGGCGACGAUCCGGUUCUGAUCAAAGCUGCCGGCAAGCAAUUUACCAAGAGUACAGAUCCCGAGAUCUACCACAAGACGGACACCUUUGAAAAGAUUUCGUCGGAGCUGCGCAAGGCGAGCUCACGCCUUCAACGCUACCAGAUCCUCGCGGUGCUUCCGCAACUGCUGUCCCGCGUCGUGCACAAGCAUCCCAGCGUCUGGGGCACUCUGAGCGAGAUCAUCUUGGCAGCGGUAGACGUUUUUCCCCAUCAAUCGCUGUGGGCGAUGAUGGCUGGCUUUCAGUCAAAGGAUCCCGAACGCAAGAAGCGUUUCAUGGAUCUGGUGAAGAAGCUCAAGAGCGGCGUGGGUGCGAGAGCAAAACGCAUCAGCGCCAUCGUAGAGGCUUCACAGAAGAUGGGCAAGGAGCUGCUCUUCCUAGCGGACGCGCCUGUCAAGUCCAAAGAGACGCAGCUCAAUCUUCCUUUGCAGUUUCCCAAGCUGCAGGCUUUGGCUGACAGCGGCUUGAUACUGCCGUUGCAGUCAUCGGUGGUGGUAAGCUUGCCAGGCAAUGGUCAGAUUCCUACAGACUACGAUCCCUUUGGAAGCCCCAACGGUCUUCCUCGUCUCAGUGGCUUCGAUGCGACGAUCGAUAUCAUGCCUUCGUUGCAGAAACCGCGCAAGGUGAUCAUGCUGGGCAGCGACGGCAAGCGCUACCCAUUCUUGUGCAAACCCAAGGAUGAUCUUCGCAAGGAUGCUCGUCUGAUGGAGUUUGAUUCGAUGAUCAACAAGCUGCUUCAGGCAGAUUCGCAAGCGCGUCGGCGGAGAUUACAUAUUCGCACUUACUCUGUGAUUACGCUCAACGAAGAAUGUGGGCUCAUCGAGUGGGUGCCAAACACCAUUGGUUUGCGUCACAUCCUGCAGAAAAAUUACGCCCGUCGAGAUAUUCCGCUUUACACGCACGACCUCAAAGUCUUGCUCGACGAAGCACGAAACAAGCCACGUAAAGCUGCGGACAUCUUCGAAAAGCAGGUCUUGUCUCGCUAUCCAUCCGUAUUCCACGAGUGGUUCAUUGCGACUUUUCCCGAGCCCUCCGCUUGGCUCAAAGCGCGUUCGGCUUACGCUCACACGCUCGCAGUCAUGUCCAUGGUCGGCUACGUGCUUGGACUUGGUGACCGACACGGCGAGAAUAUACUAUUCGACGCAAGCAACGGCGACACUGUCCACGUGGACCUCAAUUGUCUUUUCGAAAAGGGCCUCUCGUUCGAGAUCAAAGAAGUCGUGCCCUUUCGAUUGACUCACAACAUGGUGGAUGCGCUGGGUGUGACCGGCGUCGAAGGAGUCUUUCGUCGCGCGGCCGAAAUUUCCAUGCGGAUCCUGCGAGACAACAGAGACUCGCUGAUGAGCGUGCUCGAGGCCAUGAUCCACGAUCCGCUCGUAGAGUGGGCUGUUGACAGCGCCCCCAAAAGCAAGGCUGGUCAAGAUCCGCGCCUUGCGGCAGCUCGCAAGGCCCUGAGUCCAGUGCAGUCCAAGUUGGACGGCCUCCUUCGCUCUCACGACAGGUGGACCGGCCCUCACUCCGUCAACAAUGCCGUCGACACGCUGAUUCGAGACGCGACUAGCUCGCAGCUGCUUGCUUCCAUGUAUGUUGGGUGGGCCAGCUACCUUUGAUCUCCACAACUUCGGCCUUCAGGUCAUCACACUUCAAAUAGCGACGCGACGCGCCUCGCCUCGCCUCCAUUGCCAGACUACCAUGUGCACACUCACCUGCGAGGCUCGCCAUCUGCAAUGUGAUGACGUCCAUCCCGUGUAUCUGCGAAGGCGAGCACGAUUCGUCCAGUGUACGCCUCAAUCCGCUUGCACUGUGACUUUGCGAGUGCUGCUGGGGGUCAGCCCAGCUUUUCAAGACUCUUUGAGACUGCCUGCAGCUCGGUCUGUGG